UAAUGAAGGAAAGCAAGCAAUGCAAGGUAGACGUACGUUCAGAAUAUAAUUCAGAGAGAUGUCAUCUAGCUAUAUAUGAGCAAGCAGGAGAGAACCACAGAUAGCUACCCAGCAUAUCCAUCUAUCCAUCCUGCCUGCAGGAAAGGAAACCAUAUCAUAUAUAGCUUGGUUUGCUCGCCAAGAGAUCGAGUUAGGGAUCCAUCGAGUAAUAUAAGUUGGUGGCUAGACACGCCAAGAAAUUAAACCAACUAGGAUCGAUAGAUCAAGAUAAUUACGUCCCAACAAGACAAGAGCAUGCAGCUAUAAGCUAGGAGGAUCGGAAGAAAUUAACAAGACGACCUAUAGCUAGCUGAGGUGAGAUAGAUACAACAAGAAGAUGGGCGACAUCGUCUUCUUCGACGUUGAGACCACGGCGCCUUCGUCGGAAGGCCGGUGGUGGCUUCUCGAGUUCGGCGCCAUCCUCGUGUGCCCCAAGAAGCUGGUCGAGGUGGCCAGCUACGACACCCUCAUCCGCCCAGGGGACCUCUCCGCCGUCUCCAGGCGCUUCUUCACCGACGUCGAAGCCAUCCGCUCCGCGCCGCCCUUCGAGGACGUCGCCGACAAGAUAUUCCACAUCCUCGACGGCCGCGUGUGGGCGGGCCACAACAUCCAGCGCUUCGACUGCCCUCGCAUCCGUGAGGCGUUCGCCGAGAUCGGGCGCCCCGCCCCGGAGCCCGCCGGCGUGAUCGACUCCCUCAACGUGCUCGCCAACGACUUCGGACGGCGCGCCGGCGACCUCAAGAUGGCCACCCUGGCGUCCUACUUCGGCAUCGGCAAGCAGAAGCACAGGAGCCUGGACGAUGUGCGCAUGAACCUGGAGGUGCUCAAGCACUGCGCAACAGUGCUGCUCUUGGAGUCGAGCCUUCCUGAUUUGCUGCGCUGUACUCAGUCUCACGCCGGCGGCGCCAUGACGAGGAGAAGAGCGCAUCAUCAUCACCAUCAUCAUCAUAUGACGACGGCGCCAACCAUCACCUCGAUGACGCCUAACCGGAGGAUGUCGCAGACUAAGCUGUCGUUUGCCCCUGCGCCUGCACCGGCGGCAGCAGAAGCGGCGCCGCCAUCUGCAGCAACUCAAAAGAUCAAUGGCCCCUGCAAGAGAGAUAGCUUGGGCGAGGUGGUUGGGAGGGCCAAUAAGCAGAAAGCAUUAUUGAGCACUAGGCGAGCGACGACGCCCUUCCACAUGAUCCUCAGGCACUCCAGGGCCAUCCUCAGAUAGAUGAUCAGACUUGCUUGAUCGACGUUGGCGAUGGAAAAUUAAGAGUUGACAAAUUUGAGCUCAAUCUUGUUUUUCCACCGCAAAUUAAGCAUUGAUCAUUGGUCCAUCGACUAGCUAAUUGCACCAUCUCAUGAUUCAUUCCUAGCUUGGAUUCAUUCAUCUGUACAUAUAUACAGCACGUAGAGAUCAGAUUUAGUUGUUUGCUGUUGUAAUAACUAGUCAACACGCCAUUCAUUUCAUUUGUAAACUAAAUAAAUAGAAGUAUAUAUAUGCUCUCACGUGGAACACCAUUAACAAUUGUAAAUUGCAACUAUACAUUGCUGUACAUUUAAUUUAAUGCUCUGAUGUGAUUGUGAUCUACCGUA